AUGGCAUCUCAAGAUCGAGACACUAACAACACUUCCCCGGAUCCUCACGAUGCCGCUAAUUUGGCCAAGGCGUUUCAAGAGCUAGCGAAAGGAGAGCAGACAGCUGCAGCACUGGAGAAGCAACUUACCGCCAUGGAAGCGAAAAUUGAGAUGCUGUUAGCGCAGACCGAAGAGCAGCAGAGACUCACGCAACAUGGAGGCGCAACUGCAUCAGCCCACAAUGGUUCGACAACUGGUCAGGAUCAGGAGAAGCCGGACAAGACCUGA